GGAAUAGUCACUGUCUCAUGCGGUCACUGCCAUCCCGAUAUUUUAAAUGCUAUUAUGGAACAGAGCAAGCUACUUCAGCACGCUACGACCAUAUACCUGCAUCAUGCCAUUGGCGAUUUCGCUGAAGCAUUAGCUGCUAAGAUGCCUGGAAAUCUUAAGGUUGUGUACUUUGUAAAUUCUGGCUCAGAAGCUAAUGAGCUAGCAAUGAUGAUGGCUAGGCUUUACACUGGUAGCCUUGAGAUGAUUUCGUUGAGAAAUGCUUAUCAUGGUGGAAGUUCUAAUACUAUUGGACUAACAGCUCUUAACACUUGGAAGUACCCAUUACCACAGGGGGAAAUACAUCACGUUGUAAAUCCAGAUCCAUACCGUGGAGUAUUUGGCUCUGAUGGUUCUCUUUAUGCUAAAGAUGUGAAAGACCACAUCGAGUAUGGUACCUCUGGAAAAGUAGCUGGAUUUAUCGCAGAAACUAUCCAGGGGGUCGGAGGAGCUGUAGAAUUGGCUCCUGGUUACUUGAAAUCGGUUUAUGAAAUUGUACGCAGCGCUGGUGGUGUAUGCAUUGCCGAUGAAGUCCAGACUGGAUUUGGCCGAACAGGAAGUCAUUAUUGGGGUUUCCAGACUCAAGAUGUGGUUCCGGACAUAGUCACUAUGGCAAAGGGAAUUGGAAAUGGAUUGCCAUUAGGAGCUGUGGUGACUACACCAGAAAUUGCGAGUGUUUUAGCUAGCAAGAUUCUGUUCAACACAUUCGGUGGAAACCCGGUUUGUUCAGCUGGUGGACUUGCUGUUCUAAACGUUAUUGAUAAGGAGAAACGCCAAGCACAUUGUGCUGAAGUUGGUUCACACCUUAUUCAACGUUUGAAAGAUCUGCAGAAAAGACAUGAUAUCAUUGGAGAUGUGAGAGGAAGAGGACUUAUGGUUGGGAUCGAGCUUGUGAGUGACCAGAAAGACAAGACACCAGCCAAGGCUGAAACAGCCGUCUUGUUUGAGCAACUCAGAGAACUUGGCAUUCUCGUUGGAAAAGGAGGACUUCAUGGGAACGUUUUCAGGAUAAAGCCACCAAUGUGUUUCACUAGAGACGAUGCAGAUUUCUUGGUAGAUGCAUUGGAUUAUUCCAUCUCCAGGUUGUGAAGAAGGAUAUGAAACAAAGCGAACGAAUAAGGAGGAUAUGAUCGUUAAUCUUAUCAAAAUCAUUCGAACCAAAAUUUAUUACUUGUAGCUUUCAGUAAUGACACAAAAUUUGCUGGUGGUUAACAGAAGUUCUGUUAAAUAAAUCAAUAGCAAAAAUACUGAGAGAUUUAGACCCAUAAACCAACAAAAAUUCAAAAGCAUUUUCUAUGUUGGAUUAA